AGAGCGUGUCACAUGAUGCUGUCUUGUCACGUGACCUCAUCGGAAGUUGCCUGUGCUGCUCGCGAGUGGACGCUUGUUGUAAACAUGCGGUAACCGGAGAGGAACUUUUCAAUGAACCACAGAGGGCCAAAACAAGCCCGUUGAACAGACUCGGGUCCCGUUGUGCUGUGAAUUAAACUGGAAUUUUAAUGCCGACAGCCUCUGCGCGUGAUUUUAAACCGCUGACAUGGCCGAGGUGGACGCGAAUAAAGUCAAUCAUAUUUCCUCCGAAGAGGAUAGGCUACUGUUUCCGGUGACAGGCUAUGAUUUGAAUGACUGCAGGGAUGAGUAUAGCAACCCCAGGCCGUCCCCGGUAACAGGUGGCUGGAUAGGUGCUGACCAAGAAGAGGAAGCAGUGCGCAGGAAGUUAAAAUAUUUCUUCAUGAGUCCCUGUGAAAAGUACCAAGCCAAAGGCCGAAAACCUUUUAAACUGGUAUUGCAAAUACUGAAGAUACUUAUAGUAACUUAUGUUCAGAUUCUGCUGGAUAACAAAGCUCACAGUGGUAAAGUUAAGAUCAGUCUUGAUAAUCAGGCCUCCAUUAAGGAAUGUAGAGACCCCAGUGUGUCUGGACACGCUGAUAGUUAUGCUCGUGUGUGGUUUGAUGUGACCGUUAUAGUGGUUUGUAUUUUCUCUCUGCUCCUCUGUGGUCGCUCGAUCAUCAGAGGAAUCAUUCUUCAAAAUGAGUUUGUGAAGUACUUUAAGAGCUCUCUGAAGCGUCAUGUCUGUUGGGGAGACAGAAUGGAGUUUAUUAACGGAUGGUAUAUUCUGCUCAUCAUUAGCGACGUGCUCACUAUCACAGGCUCCAUUAUUAAGAUCGGCAUUGAGCUAAAGAACCUCUCAUCCUACGAUGAGUGCGGGAUCCUCCUGGGCACCUCGACGUUAUUGGUUUGGGUUGGAGUUAUUCGCUACCUCACCUUUUUUCAGAAGUACAAUAUUCUCAUUGUCACUUUAAGAGCUGCAUUCCCUAAUGUGAUCCGUUUCUGUUGCUGUGUGGCGGUGAUCUACCUCGGUUAUUGCUUCUGUGGGUGGAUUGUGCUGGGACCCUACCAUGUUAAGUUCCGCUCUCUCUCGCUGGUGUCUGAGUGUCUUUUCUCUCUGAUCAAUGGAGAUGACAUGUUUGUGACCUUCAGUGGCAUGCAAGAGAGCAGCAUGCUCGUCUGGGUCUUCAGUCAGGUUUACCUCUACACGUUCAUCUCUCUGUUCAUUUACAUGGUGCUCUCUCUCUUUAUCGCUCUUAUCACUGGAGCUUAUGAGACCAUCAAGCAUCAAACUCAGGAGCCUAUCCAUAUCACUGAUUUGCAUGCGUUCAUCGCUGAGUGCACCGACACACCCAGCUCUGGAAAGUUCCGCGGCAUCGAGACCUCGCCAUGCUCUUUCUUCUGCUGCUGUGACAGAACCACCACAUAUGAGGACGUCCACCUGGUCAACUAGUAAAGUCAUGGGACUUGAUGCCUGAAGACUAAACCUCCCUCUGUUGGUCACACUGUGGUACUGCAACAGGAAGGAAGCCAGUGGCAAUGAGAGGAAACCUCCAGACAAAAUACCUAAGAAGUCACAGUCACUUCACUUCGGACCUUAUGUGGACAAGAGCACAUAUGAUUUUUACAAAAGAAUCGCUCCAGUCUGGGAUAAUUUAAGUUUUACCUCAACUUGUUCAUAGUUUUAACUUAAUUCUGGAGGUUGCUAAAGGCAGCUCAGUACUGCCUCUUAAUCUAUACGAAUAAAAACACUCAGACAUUUUGAAUUGGGAGAAUAUUAGACGGAUAACAAACUGCACACGUGCAGGCGAUGUGUACAGUAAUCAUUCCCUGAAUGUUGAUCCCACAUGUUCAUUCAGUGCACGUGCUGUGGUGUGCAAGUGGGUCAUCAGUGGCCAAUACUGGGAGACAGUGGUCAGUGAUUCAUAACUAUUGCUGUUUGUUCUGUUGGAUCGUUUUUAUGUCUUUGAGUAACGUCUAGUCAUGUGUAAUGUCUGCAUCCGAAGGAGACUGAACUGGCAGGCCUAACCGAAAGAUGAGGAGACCUUGUGAUUAAACAUCUUUUAAAAAACUGGCUCUUAUUCAGCAUUUAGAGCAGAAACAGCACUCCCUGGUGUUAUAAUAUCAUCUCCACUUACCCAUAACAAAAAUACAUGCUCUGCUAGCAUCAAUUCACACCCAGAAUGCCUCAGAAACGUAGCCUUAAUUUUUUUUCUGGUGUGUAGAGCUGGCUGUAAUUUGGAAUGUAAUACCUUAUUGUUGAAUAGUAUGACUUUGAGUUGCUUUUUUGUAUUUUUUAUGAGCUUUUUACCAGUAAUUCCGUACUGAUUCAAUUUGUUUUAUACGAAAAUGGAAUCAAAUGCAUACUGUAACGUGAAAUCUGAUUUUAUAAAUGAUAUUAAGACAGCCUUAACCUUGAUGAUUUAGUAUUUUAUAGAGAAAUACAGACUUUUACGGCCACCCUUCAUCAGCUUUGUUUUAAAACUGAGGCCUUCAAGAAAGCUAUUAUUAUAAGAUUACUGCUGAGGUCAUAGUGUUCUGUUACCAUGGUGACAUAUUAGAACAAUAGAACUCCUCAAAAAUGCUUGACCCAUGCAUGACUCUCACUUCAGAGGACAAACAAGCCUAAUUUUAUCUUCUCCGUUAUACUUGACUGAUAAGAGAAGGAAGAAUAAAUAUUUGAAUUCUGGGGCCUGUGCAAGCCAUUAACUCAAGUGCAGAAUAAGUGGGACCAAUCAUAUUAUUUUGAUGUCAGCAGAUGAAUGAUGAUUUGAUUUUGCUAUUAAUAUUUCUAUGUUAUUUUAAUGUGUAAUUCAAUCAUGUUGUAGUGUAGUGUUUUAUUUAUAUUGUGUUGGCUCUGAUGCCUUUCUGUUUCAAAUGAACUUAAAGCGCACAAUCUGCAAACAAACCACACUUUCUAUUACUAACAUGUGAAGCUACACAGUGAUGUUGUUCAGAAAAGUCACAUCAUGUGUUGUCAGAUGUAUACCUGAAAUAUUUCAUAUUUCAUUUUAGCCUGAUAAAUUGUUUUUUUAUGUUU